AUGGAAAUACCGGAAUAUUACAAUAUAAAGAAUCCAACUGAUGUACCAAAUGGUACGCUAAAUGGUAAUCAAGACCUUCUUACUAUGUUUGGUCUCUCAGAGACCUACGAUAACUACGUGAAACCUUAUCUCAAACCAACGAUACAAGACGCUAACGGCGAGCUCAAGAAGAACAAAAUGGAGUCUACGUUCAAGCAAUUUGUACAGGACUUACCAGGACGUAAUAGUAUCAGUAGGAAAGAUACUAAUUUACCAAAGAUCAGAGACUUGAUACUCGAUCCUGAAUUUCAGCCACCUACGAUCAAAUCAGAUAGUAUAGACAACACUACUAUCUUGGAAGCAUUUGGUAGAUUACCUCCGGGUAGUAUACCCAACGUGUGUCACAAGUUAUCAUAG